GUGGUUAUUGUCACUCUUGCAGUAAACAAUAAAACAUUUGUUUUCAUAAACUGCUACAUGCCUCACGUGUUUACUGAUUAUAGGUUGCAGUUAGAAAAUUCGACAGACACAGAUUACAUGGUGGAGAGACUUGGGAGGGUAUGUUUGAUUGGAUAAGUGGUAUAUUGAUUUGGUUUAAUGCAUACUAUAGGAAAACCAUCCCAAGCUGACAUUUAGAUUGAAGUUUUAUUGCUGAGAAUUACAGGCUUUAAAGAUGGAUCCAGAGGAGUUCAGAAAGAGAGGGAAACAGAUGAUAGAUUAUGUAGCAGACUAUCUGGAGAAUAUUCGUGAUCGUAGACCGUAUCCUACAGUUGAACCAGGAUAUAUCAAGGAGUUAUUACCAGACCAUGCCCCAAACAAACCAGAUGAAUGGGACGAUGUUUUCUCAGAUAUAGAAAGAGUGAUCAUGCCUGGGGUAACCCAUUGGCAUUCUCCACAAUUUCAUGCCUAUUUUUCAACUGGAAACUCGUACCCAGCCAUUGUAGCAGACAUAUUAUCAGAUGCUAUUGGUUGUAUUGGAUUUUCAUGGGCCUCAAGUCCUGCCUGUACAGAACUAGAGAUGGUUGUAAUGGAUUGGCUAGGCAAGAUGUUAGAUCUGCCAGAGGAUUUCCUCUUCUGUUCUGGAGGAAAAGGAGGAGGAGUAAUUCAGGGCACAGCAAGUGAAGCAACAUUAGUGGCGUUGUUGUCAGCGAGAACCAAGAUAAUCAGGAAAUUAUUAGAGACUGGAGAUUACAAAGAUCAGGGACAAAUUAUGCCAAAACUCAUAGCUUACUGCUCAGAUCAGAGUCAUUCAUCUGUUGAAAGAGCUGGUUUGAUUGGUUGUGUAAAGAUGAGGGAAAUACCAGCAGACGACAGUGGUGCAAUGAGAGGCAGCAACCUAAAACUAGCCAUUGAAAAAGAUAAAGCUAAAGGGCUUGUUCCUUUCUUUGUUUGUGCUACUUUAGGAACUACACCAUCAUGUGCCUUUGAUAAAAUCUUAGAAGUAGGUCCUUUAUGUAAAGAAGAGGAUAUUUGGAUGCAUAUAGAUGCUGCAUAUGCAGGGAGUUCAUUUAUUUGUCCAGAAUUCAGGCCAAUGUUAAAUGGUAUAGAGUAUGCCAUGUCAUUUAACUUCAACCCACAUAAAUGGUUAAUGGUCAACUUUGAUUGUUCAGCUAUGUGGGUAAAAGACAGCCAGUUAGUUAGUGAUGCAUUUAAUGUAGAUCCACUGUAUUUAAAACAUGAUCACCAAGGAAAAAUUCCUGAUUACAGGCAUUGGCAUAUACCAUUAGGCAGAAGAUUUAGGUCUUUAAAGCUGUGGUUUGUCUUAAGAUUGUUUGGUCAGGAAGGUCUUCAGGAAAACAUAAGAAAGGAUGUACGAUUGGCUCAUGAGUUUGAGGACCUGGUGAAAAUGGAUCAUAAUUUUGAAAUCAUUGGGGAAGUCAAAAUGGGUCUUGCUUGCUUCAGAUUAAAGGGCAAAAAUGAUAAAAAUGAAAUGCUGCUGAAAGCAAUCAAUGAGGAUGGAAGAAUACAUUUAGUUCCUUCAAAGUUUAGGGAUACUUAUUUUCUACGAUUUGCUGUUUGUGCUUCUAGAACUACAUCAGAUGAUGUAAAGUUUGCUUGGAAAGUUAUACAAGAAUUGUCAAGAAAGUAUAUGUCUGAUAGUAGUAAUGGGAACAUUGAAAUCAAAAAUUCAUUAGAGAAAACUCCAAAUCAGGCAAAUGUAUAAGUAGUCAUAAUGACACAAUUUCAUUUAAGUGCAAGACAUAGAAAAUUUGUUUUGAAUCUGAUACAUUUAUGAAAUGCUGUAGAUACUUAUAUUUUCCAAAAGAUAGAUUUAUGGAAUGCUGUAGAUAACUUUAUUUCCAAAGGCUUUUUUAUCAAAGAUGUUCUACUUAUGUUUACUCUAUACAGUAUUAAAACAAAUUUACCAAAAAUAAUUAUGGUCUACCUCUCAAAUAUUUAAUAGUAGUUGAUAAUUGGUGUACCUCUUAUAUAAUAACAGAUACACACUUUCCACAAUUUGCCUUGUAGAAUCAUGUUCACAAAAUAUAGACAAUGGAAGUAGUUUUCAAAAUAUUGGCAAAAAAUGUUUUUUUCUUUUUUUUUUAUAAUAUGAAAAUUCCUUUGAAGUUUUUUUAAGUUACAUGACUAAUCCUUUUGAACUUAGAAAUUUUUACGGAAAUUACCUUGUUUUUGCAACUUCAAGAUGCAGGAGUAUAAGUCCAGCUUAGGAGACUAGUUGUUUUUUGGGAAAGGGGUUUGUGGGGGACAAGAGUGAUGAUGAUUCUCAGGAUAACAAUACUUGACCAUUCCCUCAAAUGUUUGUUAUACAUUUACAAAGAUAAGCUUUAAAAUUUAGCAUUUUUUAUAGUAUUUGUUUUUCUAAAUGUAUUAUUGUUUUUGUUUUUUAAAAGUAAUUUGUAAAACUAUUUAAGUUACAUCCAAAUGAUUUGAGUGUGUAGGUUCAAUCAUCAAUAUUGUUUACCUUGCUUGCUACCUAAACUGAAAUCAGUCUUAGGUAAGGUAUGCUACCCACCAUUUGGGUUAGUCUAGUCAGAAAGACAGAUAGAUUGGUUAUCUGUGGGACUAGUCUACUCUUAAAGGAGGGUAGUAUACCACACAUAAUAAUGACUUCACGGUUCAGCUGACAAGCAAAGAUUUUGUUUGAACCUACACACUGAAGUCAAUAUAGGAAGAGAAUAUGUAUUCAAAAUGUUAUUCAUAGCUUAAAUGAAUUUCCCACCGAAAUCAUUAGUAUUAUGUUAGUCUGAUCUGACUGACUAUUUUUUAUGUUAAACUUUAUAUGAUUUUUUAAGUCAAAGUCUAGUCUGGUUGUGAUUUAUAAGUCAAAGUCUAGUCUGGUUGUGAUUUAUAAGUCAAAGUCUAGUCUGGUUAUGAUUUAUAUGUCAAAGUCUAGUCUGGUUGUGAUUUAUAAGUCAAAGUCUAGUCUGGUUGUGAUUUAUAUGUCAAAGUCUAGUCUGGUUGUGAUUUAUAAGUCAAAGUCUAGUCUGGUUGUGAUUUAUAAGUCAAAGUCUAGUCUGGUUGUGAUUUUUAAGUCAAAGUCUAGUCUGAUUGUGAUUUAUAAGUCAAAGUCUAGUCUGGUUGUGAUUUUUAAGUCAAAGUCUAGUCUGAUUGUGAUUUAUAAGUCAAAGUCUAGUCUGGUUGUGAUUUUUAAGUCAAAGUCUAGU